UCGGGUGGUGCUACUCGUUCGAUCUUCGGAAUUUUCCUGCAAUCCGCAAGUCGGACACAAAAGAACAACAUGCCAGCGGAAAUCGCGCCGCGUCACGUCACGGUGUCACAUGGAAUUAAGUUCCGGCGCAGGUCUCGUACAAUUGUGGAUGUUGUCCAAGAGCAUUAUCUCCGCGAUGACAUUCCAUGUGGAAGUGCUGUGUGUGACAUUUGCCAUCAAACCCCAGUGCUUUCUGGGACAGCCACUCAUUACCUGCUACCGGAUGUUGAUUUCAUUCUCGACUUCCUAGAAUUGCUGGAGCAUCCUCAAAUUGCAAAUGUUAUCUACUUGUCAUCAAUUGCCAAACAGGUGCUUGAAUCUUCCAAUCAAAGGAAAUACACACGGCUGAGAGCACUGUAUCGUGAUCGUAGGCGGCGAAGCAUCUUGUUUGAUGACGAGCAUUCCAUCCCAGUUUUUGUGCGGCGAAAGGACAUCCUCAAGCAGCAAAAUGGUGGAAAUCUUCGCUCGGCGGGCCUCAGAGUGGGUGUGACAAAAGUAGUUGAUUCAGAACGGCUUUGCACAGGUGCUGGAAUAGAAAAUACCUUUGAAGCAGAUGACGAUGAUGAUGUCAAGUGGAAAAAGUUACUCAGGGGCCAUCGGAGCAAGAGCGCAUCCUUUGCCGGCAUCCAAGCUGCAGCAGAAUGGUACAGUGAGCAUUUGGAAGCGAGGAUCCCCAUUGUGGUCGUCUCUGAUGUCUUGUCCACGGAUGGAUGUGGAAUUGCCACACCCCUUAAUUUCUGCAGCCCUGCAGAAACGAAUGAAGGAAGCCUCACCACCAUUCAAAUCCUCAGCAGUGCUGAGUACAUCCAGAGAUGGUGGGCAGGGGAUGCAUCUGUGGCAGAACUCUAUGAUUCACUGGUACGGGGAUUACGAAUGAAUGAAGUCUAACUUAGCAAUGAAACUGGAUAAUUUGGUUUCCUGAACUUUCCUCAAUUUUCUUGUGAGAAUUUUGUAAUUUAUGUUUGGUGAUUGUGAAAGGUGUCCAAGUCAAUGAUAAAUGGAUCUCCUGAUU